AGGGACGCGGGACUGCGGGGAGGUCGGGGGCGGGGAGCGGCGGGCGGCGGGCCCCGGGAAGAAAAGAACAUGGCUCCUGCGGCGGGCAGCGCCGAGCGCCGCGCGGGGCGAAGGCGCGCCGGGCGCCAGUGACCGCGAUGGUGAACUCGAACCGCGUGCAGCCGCAGCCGCCGGGGGACGCGAAGCAGCCGCCCGCGCCCCGAGCGGCGGGCCCGGGCCGGCUGAUGGCGGGCGGCGCGGCCGUGGGAGCCGGCCUGGCGGCCCCCGGCGGCCUCCGCGAGCCGCGGGGCCUGGAGAUCGAGAUGGAGCGCAUCCGGCAGGCGGCCGCGCGGGACCCCCCGGCUGGAGCCUCGGCCUCCCCGUCCCCUCCGCUCUCGUCGUGCUCGCGGCAGGCGUGGAGCCGCGACAACCCGGGCUUCGAGGCCGAGGAAGACGAGGAGGAAGAGGAGGUGGAAGGGGAAGAAGGGGGGAUGGUGGUGGAGAUGGACGUGGAGUGGCGCCCGGGCAGCCGGAGGUCGGCCGCGUCCUCAGCCGUGAGCUCCGGGGGCGCCCGGGGCCGGGGACUGGGGGGCUACCACGGCGCGGGCCACCCGAGCGGGAGGCGGCGCCGGCGAGAGGACCGGAGCCCCCCGCACCCCAGCCCGGCGGGCGGCGGGGACCCGCUCCAUCGCCACCUCCCCAUGGACGGGCAGCCUCCGCGAGUGGCCUGGGCCGAGAGGCUGGUGCGCGGGCUGCGAGGUCUCUGGGGAACAAGACUUAUGGAGGAAAGCAACACGAACCGAGAGAAAUACCUGAAAAGCGUUUUGCGGGAGCUGGCCACAUACCUCCUUUUUCUCAUAGUCCUGUGCAUCUUGACCUAUGGGAUGAUGAGCUCCAGUGUGUACUACUACACUCGUGUAAUGUCACAGCUCUUCCUUGACACCCCUGUGUCCAAAACGGAGAAAACUAACUUUAAAACGCUUUCUUCAAUGGAAGACUUCUGGAAGUUCACAGAAGGUGCCUUAUUGGAUGGGCUGUACUGGAAGACACAGCCCGGCAACAGAACUGAAGCUGACAACCGAAGCUUCAUCUACUACGAGAACCUCCUGUUAGGGGUACCACGGAUACGGCAACUCAAAGUCAGGAAUGGAUCCUGUUCUAUCCCCCAGGACCUGAGAGAUGAGAUUAAAGAGUGCUAUGAUGUCUACUCUGUCAGCAGUGAAGACAGGGCUCCAUUUGGUCCGAGGAAUGGAACCGCUUGGAUCUACACGAGUGAAAAAGACUUGAAUGGGAGUAGCCACUGGGGAAUGAUCGCAACUUACAGUGGAGCUGGCUAUUACCUGGAUUUGUCAAGAACAAGAGAGGAAACAGCCACUCAGAUUGCUAGUCUCAAGAAAAAUGUGUGGCUAGAUCGAGGAACCAGGGCAACUUUUAUUGACUUUUCAGUGUACAAUGCCAACAUUAAUCUGUUCUGUGUGAUCAGGUUAUUGGUUGAAUUCCCAGCAACAGGCGGUGUGAUUCCAUCUUGGCAAUUUCAGCCUGUAAAGCUGAUCCGAUAUGUCACGACUUUUGAUUUCUUCCUGGCAGCCUGUGAGAUUAUCUUUUGUUUCUUUAUCCUCUACUAUGUGGUGGAAGAGAUAUUGGAGAUUCGCAUUCACAAGCUACGCUAUUUCAGGAGUUUCUGGAAUUGUCUGGAUGUGGUGAUCAUUGUGCUAUCAGUGAUGGCUAUAGGAAUUAACAUACACAGAACAUCAAGCGUGGAGGUGCUGCUACAGUUCCUGGAAGAUCAAAAUACUUUCCCCAACUUCGAACAUCUGGCAUACUGGCAAAUACAGUUCAACAAUAUAGCUGCAGUCAUAGUAUUUUUUGUCUGGAUUAAGCUCUUCAAAUUCAUCAACUUCAACAGGACCAUGAGUCAGCUCUCCACAACCAUGUCUCGGUGUGCCAAAGACCUCUUUGGUUUCGCAGUUAUGUUCUUCAUUAUUUUCUUAGCCUAUGCUCAGUUGGCCUACCUUGUCUUUGGCACUCAGGUUGAUGACUUCAGUACUUUCCAAGAGUGUAUCUUCACUCAAUUCCGUAUCAUUUUGGGUGAUAUCAACUUCGCAGAGAUUGAGGAAGCUAAUCGAGUUUUGGGACCACUUUAUUUCACUACAUUUGUGUUCUUUAUGUUCUUCAUUCUUUUGAAUAUGUUCUUGGCCAUCAUCAAUGACACUUACUCUGAAGUGAAAUCUGAUUUGGCUCAACAGAAAGCUGAAAUGGAACUCUCAGAUCUUAUCAGAAAGGGCUACCAUAAAGCCUUGGUCAAACUAAGACUAAGAAGAAAUACUGUGGAUGACAUUUCAGAGAGUCUGCGGCAAGGGGGAGGCAAGUUAAACUUUGAUGAACUUCGACAGGACCUCAAAGGGAAGGGCCAUACCGAUGCAGAGAUCGAGGCAAUCUUCACAAAGUACGACCAAGAUGGAGACCAGGAACUAACCGAACAUGAACAUCAGCAGAUGAGAGAUGACUUAGAAAAAGAGAGGGAGGACCUGGACUUGGAUCACAGCUCCUUACCACGUCCCAUGAGCAGCAGAAGUUUCCCACGAAGCCUGGACGACUCUGAGGAGGAGGACGAUGAAGACAGUGGGCACAGCUCCAGAAGGAGGGGAAGCAUCUCCAGUGGGGUUUCUUAUGAAGAGUUUCAAGUCCUAGUGAGACGAGUGGACCGCAUGGAGCACUCUAUCGGCAGCAUUGUGUCCAAGAUUGAUGCUGUGAUAGUGAAGCUGGAGAUCAUGGAGCGGGCCAAACUGAAGAGAAGGGAAGUGCUGGGAAGGCUGCUGGACGGAGUGGCUGAGGAUGAAAGACUGGGUCGCGAGAGUGAAAUCCACAGGGAACAGAUGGAACGGCUAGUGCGUGAAGAGUUGGAACGCUGGGAAUCUGAUGACGCAGCUUCCCAAAUAAGUCAUGGUUUAGGCACCCCUGUGGGACUAAACGGUCAGCCUCACCCCAGAAGCUCCCGCCCUUCUUCCUCUCAGUCUGCAGAAGGAAUGGAAGGCGCAGGUGGGAGCGGAAGUUCCAAUAUGCACGUGUAGGAUAUGUUAGCAAAUGUGUUUCUAAUAGGUGAGAAGGUGGCUUCCUGAAUCGCCAUUGCAAGGUUACUACAGUAAGUCCUCACUGAAUGUCAUGGAUAGGUUUUUGGAACUGUGGUGAAACGAAAUAUAAUGAAAUCAAUUUUACCAUAGGCUAAUUGACAUAAGCAAGAGUUAUGUUCCCACAGAAUAAACACUAAUAAUAAAACGACUUUAUUCCAGGACCUGCUGUAUUUAUAUGCCCUGACCAGCACAUGAUGUUGGUCAUUGUGAUCAAUUGUUAAUUCUUCUGCACUUUAAUUUAUUUCAAAUCAACUUUACCCAUGGAUCAAAGAAAUUUUUUUUUUACUCAUUUAAGUAAUUAGGUGUAAAUAUUGAGUACAUUAAAAAAAAUCUCUGUAAAGUAUAAGAAAUGGUGUUCUCACUUGGUACCACGACUGAGUCUUCUCAGUUGACAAUGAAGUUGCCUUUUAAGCUAGAAGAGAACUGUUUAAAGGCUUCUGAGUUUUAUUUUCAAUCACAAAAAUCAGUAUUGUCAUUUUAGCCCAGUGUGUGCAGGGAAAGUCAGGGCAUUCCUUUCCACUCAAGCUUGGCUCAUGAGCUUAACAUAGUUUUUUUUUGGUUGUUGUUGUUUUUUUGUUUUGUUUUAAGAAAGGAGCCUUUUAUUUCAACUACCUUCCUGGGGUAAACUUUUCUAAAGGACAAGCUGGAAAAGAACUCCAAACCAUAGAAUGGGUAUUUAGUGGUUAUGCUAGAAUAUGUAUGAAUGGUUCAGAUAAAUGUUGAAUUCUGUCCUUUUUUUGUUCUUUUAUCAUAUCUAAUGUCUGUGGGAAUAACUGUUUCACUUAAUUUUUACACUAUUUUUCUCUCAUUUAAAAUGAGCUGCAUGAAACCCCAAAGAUCAACUAUGAGUUAAAAUGUCUUCUCGGACUUUAAUAUAGGAGAAUUGCAAGGAGCCUUAUCACUAAGUUCAACUGUUUCUAAUAAUUUAAUAUAAAGAUUUACUAUAUAUUCUCUUUUCCAUACAGCUCAACUUAUUUGCAACUGAAUGUAAUGUCGCAACUAAUCUAGAAAGAGCCACUUUUUAAAUUGUUUAGUUAAUACUGAAAUUUGUAGUAAAUAUGUUCAUUUUAAACAAAAUUUUAAGGGAGUGGUGAAAUUCACAUAAAAAUAUUAUAAAACUAAAGUGUACAUUGUAUACUAUUUUAAGAAUACAGAACUCAAAUGCUCUUGACCUGUAUUUCAAACCUAGGAUGUAUACUCUAAUGGAGCUCAAUUUUAUGAAAUGGAGUUUUUGGUAUUGAAAGUUCCUUCAUUAACAGAAAGUGUCAGCCAAAAUUUGAGUUUGCAGCAGUUUGGGGUUUUCUUGUUUUUGUUUUGUUUUUGUUUUUUUGUAAUAUAUUUAUGUUGAUUUCAGAGAGGAAAGAAGAGGGAGAGAGAGAGAUAGAAACAUCAACGAUGAGAGAGAAUCAUUGAUCGGCUCCUUCCUGCACGUCCCCUACUGGGGAUCGAGCCUGUAACCCUGGGCAUGUGCCCUUGACUAGAAUCAAACCCGGGACCCUUCAGUCCGCAGGCUGAUGCUCUAUCCACUGAGCCAAAACAACUAGGGCUUGUUUGUUUUUUCAUUAGGAGAGCAUCUUACCAAAUUAAUGGGGAAGAAAUCUAUUUCUCAAUAAAAAAUAAAAACCUUAUUUUUCAAAAGUCUUGAGUAAGAUAACCUUUUGAGAGCUAAUGGGACAAGCAGGAGAGAAUACAAUGCUGGUGAAAAACUUACUUGGAGAAUAGAAGAGAGGCCUGUUUUUUAAUUCAGUAUUUUAAUUCCCAUGCUGUUCAAUUAAUUUGCAGAAUGUGUCGGUCAAAUCGUCGAUGAAAUCAUUAGCAAACAAACCUUUCUAAGCUGGCUGCCAUAGAGGUGAUACACACUGGGUUUCUUUAGCAGUUAUUUCCCAUGGCUUCAUCUUCAUCUUUAUUUCAGUAUACUACACCAAGUCCUUUAUUACUAGGUACUGAAGUUUGUGUUCCAGGGAUAGUGAGUGUAUGUAUUUAUGUAUGUGUACCAUGUUGUUAUAUGUAAACAAACUUCAAUUUGAAGUGCAGCCAUUAUGUGGUAUCCAUGUGUAUUGACCAUGUGCCAUAUAUGAAUUAUGGUCACUAGAGAGUUUUUUAUGAUACUUAUUGUUAUACUGUUUUUCAUUUCACCUGUAAAAUUCUGCAAAACUCUUUCUUAUUACCCCUAAGUUACAUAUUUUUUUCUUAUUUAGUCAUGGAGAAUUCCCUCCUCAUCCCUCUCCUAUCUUCCCUUUAUAUUAAUAUUAUUAAAAAGAUGUUACUUAUGCAAGUGUCUCUUAACAAUUGAGAAUUUCAUUAAUGUGUAAUACUGAGCACUUUACUUCCUAAUAAAGACUUGAUAUAAAAGCA